UGUGCUGCUCUGAGGGAGUCCUGUGUGUGUGUGUGUGUGGACAUUAAUAUGGAUGCAAACACACAGUGAGGAUGCCCAGCGCUCAUAUCUGCGCAUUUUUGUUUUGACGUGGUGUUUUUUUUCUUCUUCUUCUUCUUCUUCUUCUUCCUCUUCCUCUCGCAGAGCAUGUUACGGAGGUCGCUUGCAGGAGGCUCCAUGGAAAGCCCUUGAAAAAAAAACAAAAAAAAAACAGAAUGGCGUUUUCCAAGAGGUAGUAACAUUUAGUAACGUCGCAUUGAAUUGCAUCAUGGUUUUCGAUCAGAUCUCACCCCGGCCAGACUCCACCGAGCUGCCUGCCUCGGUAGUAGGUACAGUGCGCUGUUUAUCAUAAAAAUGGAAGACCUUUCACGUCAAGAAAAGGCGUCAUUCCGGUGAUAUGCGUCUGAAUAACUGAUUUUUCAUCUCCACGUCAAUUGACACAUCUGGGAAAGCGUUUUUUUUUUUUCUUUCCCUCCCUUCUACCAAGACAGCUGUGUCAUCAACAACCGGCGUGGUGUUGUUGUUGUCUGAUUUUUACGAGCCCGGGCUUCUGGAUAUCGGCACAGUCUGCCUCUGCGCCAGCCACAUAGGCUCCCCCGGUUACUAAGGUGAGUUUGAGGAGGCUGCCUGUGACAUACGUCCCUUCUUCUAUACCAUGAGCUCUGGCUCUGCCCAGGAUGUGGCAGUCGAGCAUUUCCUGCGUGACAUAGAGCGGCGAAGCAAGCGGCUGCACUGCGCUGUGAUAGGCUGCGAGGAGGAGCGACCCCGCAGCGACAUGAACCUGCUGUAUCGUAAGAGCCGUUUGGACUGGAGGCAGAGGGACCAGGAGGGAAGUAAAAAGAGCUCGACCCAAAACGACCCCUCAGCCACUGUCGGCAAAGUUCGAGACUUGGCUUCUUUCCGCCGCCACUUCCGGAUGGGUUUCAUGACCAUGCCCGCCUCCCAGGACCUGUCCCCUCACUCUUGUGCCUCCGCCAUGGCGCCACGCUCACAGUCCUGCCACGCUGUCGGCGCAGGGGACACAAGUCUGGAGAACGGAGAUUACUCUGACACCCAAUCGCAACACGGCGGCCGCUGCCCGCCGGCCAAGCCCAAACGUCACCCGAGCACUCGCCUCAGCUCUUCAUCCGCUGACGGCCGAGGACUCCCGGAGACGCCGCCACCGUCUGUGUCCUCUCACUCGCAGGGCAAACACUCAGAGAAGAAAAAUGCCAUGAAGAAGUCUGACUCUGGGGAGAUGAGCUCUAAGAAGGUGCCUCCUUUAAAGCCCAAGAGAAGUCCCAGCACCCAGCUGACGUUCGACUCUCUCCCUCCACGUGUGCCUGGUUCUGCCGCAUCCCUGCCUUUCCAGGGGGGGGACUGUCAGAUCCGGGGAGACGGCGACGAUGAGCCGGUCUAUAUAGAGAUGGUGGGCCAAGUGUUCACCAGAGACAGUCAGACAGCCACCCCCCACCCUGUGACCCCUGUGGCCACCACGCCAGACUCUGACUCAGAUCAGAGCGAGGCCAUUUACGAGGAGAUGAAAUACCCGCUGCAUGAGGACAGAGACUCCCAGAGACACCUCCCUCAGAAACACGAGAAACUCAAAACCUCGAAACACUUUCACGUCACUCCGUCCUCCUCCAAUAGCUCCUCCUCUCUGCCCCGCCCUUCUUCUUCCUCCCCUUCCUACUCCAAACCCAAAGCCACCGUCUCCAUCUCCCAUUCGUCUCCUUUGCCUUCCUCUGCGUCCUCAACCCCGGUCCCACAGGUCCUCUCCGCCAGUCCGCACACCCCGCGAGCUCCUACUCCCUACCUGCUGCAAGGGAGUAAAUCUGAGCCUGAAUCCAACACAAAAAUCCCAGCCCCUUUCCCAAAUCUUUUACAGCACCGCCCACCUUUGCUUGCCUUUCCUCAGCCGGCCGCAGCCUCCAGUGGGGUCGGUGUUCAAAACAAGUCAUCGUCCUCCGCCAAAUCGGGAACGCAAACGUCCAGUGGGACAGCUCAAGCCAGCACCUCCUCCUCCACUUCUUCUUCUAAUGUUUCUGCGUCCAAGGAAUCUUCAGGAAGUGCAAACCAGCAGGAUAAACACAGCAGAGACUCCCAGCUAGGCCCCGCCCCCGGCCUGAGAGCGAGGAGCCACUCCACGCCUCUGCCGCCCUCCUCCAAAUCCACCUCCCCGUACUCCCAUCACCACCACCACCCUCACCAUCGACCCUCGCACUACCACCACUAUCGCAAGCCGGACAGGGGAGACUCCCCUGUCCCCAGCAAGAGCGGCUCUCAGUCGUCGAACCAGGCCACGGUUCAGACCCAGACGUCGAGUACGGGCAGGGAAGGCAAGUCGGUCAGCUUCCUGUUGAAGUCGGACAAAGGAGAGAGGGAGAAAGACAGAGAGCGUGACAAGGAUCGGGAUAAGGACAGGGACAGGGACCGAGAUAGAGAGAGGGACAGGGUUAGGGAUAGGGACAGGGACAGGGACAGGGACAGGGACGGGGAAAGGGAAAAACACAGGGACAGAGAAAGGGAGAAGGACAGGGACCGAGAGAGGGACAGAGACAGGGACCGAGAUCGAGACCGCGAUGGGGGUCCAUACUCUUUACCGCUUGAGCACACUCACUCCUCAUCUUCCCAAAGUGGCACUAGCUCCACCCCUACGCCUUUAUCCUCCUCCCAGCGUCCUCAUUCCCGCCCUCAUCUUCGUUCUCACACGCCUCACGGCUUGCCAGCGUACAAGCCCCCGUCUUCGGACAGCCCCCUGCUGUGGACCUACCCAUCCGGCGGAUUCCGGAGACCGCCGGCUUACGAGAGCCUGAGAGGAAGCUCCUACACACCGUCCCUGCAGCAGCCUUUGAGUCUUACGGGCGUUGAAGGGACGUCCAAAAGUAAUGGAGGGUCCGGGUCGCACUCAAAAGCUGGCUUCAUGCCAUGGGACAGCAGCGCGAGCUUAGCUGCAGAUGAGGGGUCUUACUGGCCUAUGCCGAGGAAACUGUCCUUCAGCCAUGGGACCAGAGAGACAGAGAAGGAUGAAGGCCGGGCGUGGAAUGGCAGCGCAGAUGCUUUAUUAAGAAUGGAUAAGGAGGACCUCUGCAUGGGGUCUCGAGGAGGACACUCAGGCAUCCCAGUCCACUUCAGCGGUGCCACCAGCAGGGCUCUUGGUCACAGCGAGUCCUUGGCCGGUGUGGACGGCAGCCCUGGGUUCAGAGCGCUCCCCAGAGCGGGUCUGCCUCUUCCCUGCCAGACGUUCCCUGCCUGUCGAAAUGGAGAAGUGGGGCGGCUGGGCCGCUCCUCCUCUGCUGCUGGAGGGAGACAGGUGGGUGGAGGAGACGUCCAGAGACAGAGCAGCCUACCAGCACGAGAAGCCCUGAAUCAGCUGCAUGGUUUGGCCCAGUCACAGGCGCCCUGCAGUCCCAGCAGCCCCAGUGUGUCUCGACAGCAGCAGCAGCUCCAGCUCCACCAGCAGCAGCUCCAGCUGAAGCAGCAGCUCCAGCAGCUCCAGCAACAGCACCACCUACAGUUGCAGUUCCAGCAUCUCGCCCAGCUGGCACAGGGACAGCCUCCUGUCGGCGGGGGCACCACCCCGUCUGCAUCACAGACCCAGAGAGACGGCAAGCUGUUGGAAGUCAUCGAGCGUAAACGCUGCCUGUGCAAAGAGAUCAAGGCCCACAGGCGCCCUGACAAAAGUCUGUGCAAGCAGGACAGCAUGCCCAUCCUCCCGAGCUGGAGACGGACACCUGAGCCUCGUAAGACUGGCACGCCACCCUGCCAGAGGCCACAGGCCGUUGUGUGGGACACCGCUAUUUGAGGUGGAAAGACAGGCUGAAAGGUAUACAGCAUUAAAGACAAAUAAACACAGAGGAGAUGAGGGUUGAAGAGCUACAAGCAAAUAAGGAGUGAAAGAUGGCUCUGCUUCUUAUUGUGUGAUAAACUGAUCUGAGCACAGUAGUGAAGGUCACCGGAGACUUUGAAUUUGUUUCAAAUGAAAAAACAAAAAACAGGUUGUCAAAAGAGGUGAAAGAAGUGUCACAAUCAGACUAAAUUAAUCUCUUUUCUGGGUGAUUUGUACUUGCUCUGUCCUUUUCAAUGUGUUCUAAUUGCCAACAGUUUUUUGCCACAAACGCCAGUAUUGUCGCUACAAAACAAAACAAAAAAAAGCCAACUUUACAAUAAUGGGUGGGAAUGUUUUCAGAGUUUGGUGUUGCCAAAUUUUCCUCCUGACUACUUGAGACAUAAAGAAAUCAUGUAUUUUUCUCCAACGCGCAUAGAAACGACUCCGUGGAGGAGAGAGAAGGCGAGACUCAUUGCUAAGUAAUCAAAGUGUUUCUUGAAUUCGUGAAUGCAUUAUGAGAUGUCUUGAUAUCAGUAGAUUGUCAUUGUGGAUGCAAAUAAUCAUCACCGACGAAGUAAAAGCUACCUACUGUAUCUGUUUGCAUAUUUGUAAUGUAAAUCUAUUUACUUUCUCAACGUUUCUGCAAUUUUAUAGCAAUAUGCUCCCGGCAGCAGAGCAACAUAAUCAAAACUUGUGUCGACUAGCCUAACAUACAUAUCUAAGACUUGAAGAAGUCGUAUUUACUGUGUCAUUCUCUGCAUGUCACAAUAGACAUUCAGUAUUGUAAAAGAAUAUGUGUAGAGAUGAUCAUGUGCGACUUUGACACACAAAGCAGAUCUUCACCAUGGCACCACGUGGUUGUAUAAAAAACGAGAACUAUAUUGCUCAUGAAGGUGGUGUGACAGGUCCAGCCAAAUACAGACACAGAUCAAUGGUACAGAAAACAUCAUCGCUCAUGCUUCUCCACAGUUGCACAUUAGUGAUUGUUCCACCACACAGAAAAAAAA